AUGAAAACUCUGGCUCCUUCCCAGAUAAGGGAGGUAGAAAGUAUUUUAGCUGAGCGGCAUCCGCUUUAUUAUAAUGGUAGCAAGCUUCAUGAUGUAUUUCCGUUUUUAAAAAAUUUCAGAUGAUUUUAUAAGCCAGAUCGCAAUGCUUCAGACACAGUUGCUCUAUUAAGUGACCCUGAUACAUACGAUCCUAACACAACUGAAGAGAGACGAAUGGAACAAUUGUCUUCGGAUCAGAUCCUUAAAGAACAGAAAAAGGCAGAUAAGAGUUUUAUGGACUUGGGAUUUGGAACUAUUGCUUACUUUGAUAUCCACUUUCAGCUAGCUAUUAUCUUCUUCAUAAUUUUGGUCCUAUCCCUUCCUUCAAUCUACCUCUUCGCCUUCUACUCAGAAGGAAACAGGCACUACAACGGUCUUCUACACUCCAUUAGUAUCGGAAAUCUGGGGUUCUCCUCUACACUCUGAAAGGAUACUUCUUUAGCUGUGAAUAGGCUUAAUUUAAUCUGUGCGACGGGUCGGAUAGAAGAAAUUGUGGAUUUUGGGGUGAUCCCGAACGACGCUAGUAUUUUGGACGCCUGAAUGGCCAAUAGUGAGACUCGCCAGUGUGAAGGAGUUUAUGAAGAGAAGAAAGUCAGGCAGAAGCUCCAGAGGGAUUGUGUAGGAAGGAAUUCAUGUGUUGUGCGGCCUAGGGAAUUUGUGAACGAAGGAUUAGGGAAGUGUACUUCGAAGUAUGCACAGUUCUUUGGGCAAGUUAUGUGCAAGCAUAGUGUGGGACAGUUGAAGGAGAGAGCGGAGAUAGGUAACUCUUUGAUGGUUCAAGCACUUUUGACAGCAGGCGUUUAUUUAGCAGGAAUGUGGUAUAUAAGAAAAUCAACGAAGGAUAGAUAUGAAGAAUGGGACAGAAAGACAACCACUAUUUCCGACUAUACUGUGAAAUAUAAUGUUCCUGAAGUAGUUUAUAAAGAUUUUUUAUUGUCACAUGGAAUGUAUACAAACUUUCAACCUUCUGAUGGUGAUAUCUCAGCUGAGUUUGAACAGGAAUCUCCUAUCUAUGCAUUUAAGAAGGAGUUAAAAAGACAAGUUGAGGAUAAACUUAGGCAAUCGAGUCCAGUAAUUUAUGACAGUGAUGAUUUGAUUGAAAUAUCUGAAAUCAAUUUCACUUUUAUGAAUACAGAAGUAAUCAGCAUGCUGAUUGAGAGAGGAGACGCUCUUGAUACUGAAAAUGAAUCUAAAGUUAUAGAGAUAGAGAACAAGAUCAAAGAUUACCUCAAAAAUUUCAGUGACCAAGUCAGUACUCCUCAAGAGGCAUAUAUUACUUUCAGGACUGAAGAAGCGUACUUAAGAGGAAUCAGGAUGGACUCAACCAGUAUAUGUGGUAGAGAAGUACCAAGAGAGACCUGGAAGGGUCAUCCUUUUGUGCUUGAGCAGGUCCAAGAACCCUCAAAUAUAUACUGGGAGAACAGACACACAAGUUUGGCGUGGAAACUGGGAAAACAGGUCAUAUCGACUGUAAUUCUGAUACUGAUUCUAGCAUUCUUCAUUGUGAUUCUUUUUUAUACAAUGAAAAUUGCCAGUAGGAUCAGAAGAGAGUAUCCACAAGUUGAUUGUGAUGGAGUCAAAGGAGAUCUCGUUGAUGACGAAAUGCUUGAACAUAUUGCUAAGACUGAAUGGUUCCAUAGACAUAAAUAGCCAUGAAAUAGGUGGAGGAGAUCUUAAGCUCAGCACUUCAAAUUUACAGUGAUAUUGUGAUGAUUUCAAACAAGAUCUUGGGAGAAAAGAGACUAUGAAGUUAACUGAAACAGUUGAAAUUGGUGGAGAAAUACAUUCUGGUUUUAUUUGUGAGGACUAUUUAAAAUCUGAUAGGAUACUAUUUUUCAUAUCUCUUGUUGUCCCAUUACUUAUCAUUGUAAGCAAUCAAGUUAUCAAGCAUGUGUCAGUCUUUCUGUGCAAAUGGAUUGGAUUUGACAAGAGAACUAAUGAAAUUUCUAUGAUUCAGAUUUUAUGAUUUGCAAUGUUAUUCUUUAACAACGCUUUAGUCAUCUUUCUUUUGAAUGCUAGAUUUGUAAAUUUCCCUGUCUUCAAUGAGCUUUUUGAUGGAGACCAUGAGGACUUUGACAACUCUUGGUAUAGGGAAAUUGCUCCUUUUAUAAUCUCUCCUAUGUUUAUCCAAAUUAUAUUCCCUAUUCAGAAUUUUCUUCCAGAUCUUGUAAUCCAGCAAGGACUAGCUUGGCUUGAUAGAAGGUUUACAAGCCAAAAAUUGUACAAAACUAACUGAAAUACUGCGUUGCAGUAUGCGGAGUUAAAUUCAGGUACUGAUCAUGCUCUAUUUGAGAAGUACCCAAGAUUGGUAAAUAUAGUGAUGCUAAGCAUGAUGUAUGCUUUUCAAUUGCCUAUUUUUCUCAUUUUGACUUUCAUAUGCCUUAUAUUUUCAUAUAUUUUUGACAAAGUUGCAGUGGCAUAUUAUCACAGGAAGCCGCCCUUGUACGAUGACACUCUGAAUAACGUAAGCGUGCACAUCAUGAAAUGGGGAGCUGCUUUUUACCUCUGCCUUUGUUAUUGGGUGGUUUCUAAUAGACAAAUGUUCGGAAAUGUGCUUGAGCCAAAGCAUUAUCAAGAGGAAAUUGAUAUCUACCACCACUACAUCUUCGUUAAGGAUCCAUAUGUUUUUCAGUCUGUCCUUAGAUGGACAGCUAUAACGCUUAUAGUCAUAUUUGCAGCUUAUGAUAUAUUCAACCUAUUUUCCAUCCUGUUCAUUAGCUCUUCAUCAAAAGAAGAGUUGCAAAGCUUAGAGUACCUUCCUGACCUGACUCACUGAAUCCCACUCAAAUAUAUAGAGAAUGCCUUGAUGGAGGAAAAAAUUAUUCGUGAAAAGUUUGGCUACAAGAAAAUGUUCGAUGCCACUGUACAAGACUUCUUUAGAGCAAGGAUGCUGAGAUCUGGAAAAAUAGACAGACAGCUGACAAGCCAGGGUUCUCUAUUAUUUGCUGACGCCACUUCUUUCGAUAUCUUAAGACAACCAAAUUAUUAUGAGAAGUUCAACUAUAUCAUCCCUGCUGAGAGGAAGAAGGAUCUCAAUUAUGAUGAGUGCGAUGAGGUCAGGAGAGUCCUUGACUUUGCCUUCUAUAAAGGCCAAUACCAUAUUGAUGAGCUAUUUAGUUAUAGAGAUCCAGCAUAUUCUUUGAAGCGAUUUUAUGAUACUGGUCGAAUCCCAACCAUUAAGCCAAAACAAUAUUAUAGAUAGAUGUUUAUUUCA